GUUUCUUAAAUUUCGACCGAACAUCUCAAAAUGUUUAUCCUCAGAAUUCCAAAUUUACUGAAAAAGUACCUAGACAAUAUAUAAGAAAAUAAAAUGAUACGUUUUGUUUCCCAGAAAUCAAAAUUUAAACUGUUUCAAAAGUGACCAAAAUUAGAAAAUUACGUUCUGAAGUAUUAAUACAUAAAUUAUUAUGUCUCCCAAAGUACCAGCAAAGGCAGAAAAGGCAAAGCCGAAGGCAAAAAAUAAAAGACAGAAGUUGAAUCUGAAAGGAUGGCUGAAGACUUCAGCGGAUUGGGCAAGAUUUGAAGCCUGGGCAAAAAUAAAUGCCCAACCACGAAAAAUACCGGAACCCGAGCCAACAGUACGACCAUCGAAGCCAUUGUCCCAGCUGAAAAAGAGAAUACUCGUAUUGGCAAUACCACAUAAAAAGCAAGACCCUAGCAAAAUAUGUCGACUGAACCUCAGCGUCUCGAAAGCCGCUCUUCAAGUGAAACCUUCGAAAAGAAUAAAAUCCUUAGCCAGACCCAGGUUCUACGAAGUCGAACAUUGCAGAGAAUUUCCUAUAAAAAUAAGUAAAGCGGCAUUAUUAUACGAAGCGAGUCCGAGGAUUAUAGAAAUUAGUCAACCUCGUAUAUAUGAGCCCGAAGAAUGCAGGGUUUUAGAAAUUUCCGAAAGUGCGUUAAAGCACAAGCCGACCCCUAGGGAAGAAAGAUUAGCACUUGCAAAAAAAAUAGUCGAGUGUCCGCAUGGACUAACCGAAGAGGAAAUGACCAUUCUGAUGACUCCAUGGGGAAUCAGGAGAAGCGCAUUAAUGUACAAGAGUACCCCAUGGGUCAAGUUUUUAGCAAUGCCAUCGUAUCGAUUCUUGAAGGAUAGAAAUGAUAGGAAGGCACGCCAGUGGAAGAAAAUGAUACUCGAUGAAUCCGAAACACGAGGGAAAAAAGCAUUUGAGGAGAAACGAGAAAAAGAGCGCAGAGAAUUAUUAAAAAAGAAAGCCGAAGAGAAAAAGGAGGGCGCAGAGUCUGCCGAAAAGGGUGAUCAAAAGAAAGAUGCAUUGAAUGCUAAAAAAGAAACAGUCGAUGAGGAGAAAAAGAAAGCGGGCGAGGGAGAUGCAAUGGAAGAAAAAGAAGAAGAAAAAGUAGAGGAAGCAGGAGAAGAGGAAAAAACGAAAAAUGCAGAUGAUACUGCAGAAGAUGCGGACGCAGCAGAAACAGCGGAUACUCCAGAAAAAACUGCAGAUAAAGAAGAAACUGGUGAUAGUCAUGUUAAAGAAAAUGAAGGGGAGGAAGCCGUGGAAACUGUUAAUUUGGGUGAAGGGCAUACAAAGACUGCCCUAUCGGCAAAAUCUGCAAAAAAUAGGACAACAAAACCCGCCGAGGAGAAAAAAUCAGAGGCAGACGGAGAAAAGGAAAAGAAAAGAAAAGCGGAGAGAAAUGCUUGGAGAUUUAUGCCUACGCCUUGUAAAGAUAAACCAUUCAAGAUAUCUAAGGCUGCUUUGAGUACCACAGCUUCAGCUAGGAUGAACGACUUAGCUACUCCCCUAAAACAUGACAGUAAGUCAUGUAGGGAAAAUCCUUUCAAAGUGAAAAAGAGCGCUCUGAAUUAUCAAGCUUCACCACGUGUUACGGAAUUAUCGAAGCCUCAGAGUCCUCGAGACCCUGUCCAAAGGACACCACCUCGUCAAAAGGAUGAUUUUGGUCGCCCAAUAUUCCCUAUGCCAGUUUACGGGAAAAUUUUGCCGCAAGUCAAGCCGAUCAAACUAAGGCAGUGCAAUGACAAAGAGGAUAUAAAACAACCCGACGAAAAAGAAGAAGAGAUAGAUCCGAUAGUUUUUGAACCUACGAUUGAUCCUUGCAUCGAUCUUGCAAGAGCUAGAAGACAGAAAAAGGCGAGAAAAGCAGCAAUACCUAUUAUAAAGAGGCAAACAGAAAGAAGAAGGAAAGAACGUCAGGAGAAGAAAUCUGAAGCUAAAAAGAUUGCUUUGCAGAAAUCUUCAAAGAAAGGAAGGGUGAAAACGGCCACUUCUUCCUUAUCUUCCUCGGAACAAAAAGAAACGCCAUUUACAAUUCCAAGCGAUGACUUAGAAGCUUAAGAUCGGACUGGGUACUUUAAUAUAUUGUAAUGAAAAGUGUUAUGAAUCCGAGUGUUUAUUUCCAUUAUUUCUUAUAUGUAGGGGGAGAGUCUUGUGAAAGAUCUAAAUU